AGUUAGAAGAAAGAUUAGAAAGACAAUAUCAUGGAGGAAGCCAAGGAAAAGAAAUACUACAAUACAAAAUUGAAAAACUAGAAGAGUUGAUUGCUGCUUACAGUUCAGUUUCCUCAUCAAUAUCUCUGGCAGACGCUAAGCAAAUUCUUGACCAACAAGUAGGAUUCGAAGAGCAAAAAAAAGAACUCUUAGAAAUCGGAACUGGAAAGACUAGUUUCUCUCAAAUAAUCUCCCAAGCCCUAGGAAAAAAAAUUUUUACAGUAUCAUUAGGCGGAAUAUCUGACUCUUCCAUCCUUAUCGGAAGCGAGGCAAACUCGCCAGCAAAUAAUAUGGGUCAGUUAGCCAGAGCAUUAGCGGAAACAAAAACUUCUGACCCCGUAAUUUUAUUGGACGAAAUCGACAAAACUAGCUCUGCCUUGAAAAAUUGCCUCGUAAACGUUUUAGACCCGAUACAAAAUCAGGCAAUUUUGGACCAUUUUUUAGAAGUUAAGUUAGACUUUUCCCAAAUAACUUUCAUAAUUACGGCCAAUGACUUGAAAAAAAUUUCUGACUCUUUGGACGACCGGAUGCUGGUUAUCAAACUGCCUGGCUAUACUGACGAUAAAAAAACCAGAGAAAUAAAACAAGGAAAAGUUGAAAGCAAAAUUACCAUUACUCCUGAGUUGGUAGACGAAAUCAUUCCUACUGCUUUUCAUGAUACCGACCAAGAAAAUUCUGAAAGUGAAACCGAGUUGGAAAAGAUUAAAAAAGUUUUAAUAAGGCUAAAAGGAGAAAAUAAAAACUUGGCAGACACUUUUUCAAAAUGCCAAAACAAAUUAGUAAAAAUUAAGCAAAAAAAUAAAGAUUUAGAGGCACAGGUUAAAAGUUUAGAAAGAAACUUUCCAAAAAAUAGUUCUAAUCAACCAAUCA